UGCCUUUAUAUGGGUUGAUUGUUGAUAAGGAUGGCGUGGAAGGUAUCCGCGUGCGAUCACAGUAUUGGAAGGAAAGAAGCUCCUUCAACCAACGGCUCGACGCUCACGCCACGGAAUAUCUUCAUACAACAAAACUGCCCAAGGCUUUCACAAAAUCACCACAAUCAUGAUCCCCAGUCGCCAGAACUCAGUGAACUCGUCACUCUCGAGGUCCAGCUCAGGUAUCAUUGUACCGAACAUGAACAAGACUAUUCGACCUGGAAUGGAGCGCGCACCCACCAGCAUGGCGCUGAAUAAGCCACUCUCUCGACUACGACUUGAUGGCCAGGUCGCUAUCAUCUUUGGCGGAGGUGGAAAGAUUGGCAUUGAAACUGCAGGGCGUUUGCUUGUUGAGGGUGCGACUGUUGCCAUCGUGGACAUUGAUCAGCCAGCGCUCGAGGGAGCCAUCCCAGUACUGAGAGCAGCUCUGCCGACCGGAGUGCCCAUUGAGUCACGACUCCUUACUAUUGCUGCAGAUGCGACAAUAGAAGAGGAUGUCGAGGCUUGCGUCAAGAAGACGCUACAGAGAUUCGACCGCUUGGAUAUUGCCCUACUGAACGCCGGUGUACGAGACGAGGCAAAGAGCAUGUUCGACCAGACUGAGGAGGACUACGAUCACGUUAUGAAUGUCAAUGUCAAGUCAGCAUUCUUCUGUGUCAAGCAUGUUGCAGCAGCCAUGCGUGUGCUUGGAAAUGGUGGUUCUAUCAUCUUCAGAUCCUCCAUUGCUGGUCUCCGUGGGUUCCCUGAUCAGGCCGUGUACUCAACAUCACGCUUUGCUGUCCGUGGUCUUGCACUUUCGGCUGCCGAGGAGUUGGGCCAGUUCAACAUCCGUGUCAACACCAUCCACACCAGCAUCAUCGCAACUCCCGGUUAUAAGGAAGGUUGGACUCCAGAACACCUGGCAGAAAUCAGGGAAGAUACCAAUCUACCGCGUCUGGGUCAGCCCGACGACGUCGCCAGCGUAGUUGCUUUCUUGGCUAGCGAUGACUCGAGGUUUAUGACAGGAGGAAGCUUGAAGAUUGACGGUGGGUGUGUGAGCUACUAAGAGGUAGUGGGAUGGCGAGAAUUGUUUUCUAUCACGCAUUGAUGGAGUUCUGGGGCAUGCAUUGCAUAGGUUUCGC